UUGAAGGGAAGGGAAAAAGAGAACGAAGAAAAAAAAAUGAGGACGUUGCACAAAACUGGAACUGGGUCGAAUUUCGAGUCUCUUGAGAUUUGAGCAAAUUACAAUUUCCCCCGACCCAUUUUUUCCAUAAUUUUGUUCUGCGUUACCUCGCUGUGGUGUACUGCAAAUGCAACAGUAAUUUCCGUCAGUUAUUGAGAUCAAACAAUUUGCAGGGAGAAAAAUUAAGGAAAAAAAAACAAAUUGCGCCAUUGGGUUGUUUGCUAAAACGAAAUACUGAUGUUAGAAAAAUCUUUAAACGCUCGUGAAAAAAUGAAAGAACAGCAAGUAGCCAACGACGCCGCAACGGCAAAGACCCUUCAAGCAGUCAUCCCUGAAAUAGAGAAAAAAGUCAGCAAAGAGAAGAACAAUGACGUCAUUUCAUUCUUCCAGAACAUUCUCAGCCAAGGGAUCGACACUCGGGAUUCGUUCGUAACCAGGCACGAAUGUCUCCGAUUCAUUCAGAAAGUUGACUCAGAGCUGUACACGUUUCUGUUAAAGAAACAGGGAGCUUUUAGAGACCUGGAUAUUUUUGACAGGGGAGGGGCGGAUGAUGUAGGCAUGACUGCUCUCAUGUGGGCGGUGCUCUUCGAUUGGGAAGCGGCGUCGAGGAUCCUCAUAGACCUAGGGGCUAAUGGCGAGCUGACUCUGAACUGCGAGCGAACACUCCUUAUGGUUGCCGCUUGUCGAGCGUCUCCCUCUGUUGUCGAACUCGUAGCCGACACCUAUCCGAAACAACUCGGAGCCACCGACAUCAAUCGCGACUCAGUUCUCGUCACGACUCUAACCCACAAUAGACACGAAGUCCUCGAGACGCUUUUAAGAACUGAUCAAAAUGUUAACGAAUUGGAUUACGAUGCCGCUUUGAUGAAGGCGAUAGAUCUCGGAGGCCGAACCAAGUCGGGUUUACUUCUCGUUCCGAAGGUAAAAGAUGUCAACGCAGGUCCUCCUCGCAGGACUCCGUACCUCUACAAGGCUGCCAUCAAGGGGUGUCUGGAGAUAGCGGAGGCGCUGAUCAAAGCUGGUGCCAAAGUCGACAAGAUCAAGAGCUCCUCGGGAACUAAUGCAUUAAUGGAGGCAUCCAGACAAGGACAUGUUGAGAUUGUCGAUCUGCUGCUGAAGUCAGGAGCCGAACCCAAUCUGACAAGUGAGUGGGAGGAGGACAGUGACACUGGCUACACUUCACUCCACUUCGCAGCCAGAUUCGACAACUUCAACUGCAUCCGACUACUGCUGGACCACGGGGCAGACAAACACGUCGAGUCCCGCAACAGACAAUUCACGCCAUACGUCAUCGCCAUCAGAUUCAAGGCCAUGGAGUCCCAGAAGUUAUUGGCAACUGGCAGAUGCGAACUGCCCAUUCUAUUAGAAGCAGUCAACUCGAAGACUACGAACUCUGUAGAUCUCCUUCUAUCCACUAGUGAACACAAACAGGAGCACGUGAACGAGGCACUUAUUCAGUGCUGCUCCAAAGGAUACUACGACAUCGCUGAACUACUUUUGAACAAAUACGGAGCCAAUGCGAAUAGCGCCCAGAAAGGAUCAACAGAGUCCUCGCCAGGGGAAAGACUAACCUGUGCUCUGCUGGCUUCUAUGCGAGGUCAUCUGAAAGUAGUUGAACUGUUAUUCGACCACAGUGCUAAUUUCCAAGAACAGGAUAAGAAUGGGGCCACUGCUAUACACUAUGUCAUGGCGUGCAAUGCGGAGGCGGAGCUGAUCGAGAAACUGGUCAAAACAUACGGCAUGUCAGCUUUUACCAAGAAAGAUAAGAAAGGUCGUACUCCAAUCUACUAUGCCAACAAGAAGGAAACUCUGACUAAUCUCCUCCAACUGGAAUCGGACAAGUUCUCCCACCACUGGAUGACCCAGACUGACUACGAGGCAAGCCAGGGUAACCUUGGCGAACAAGCGAGGAAUCUUCGGGUUACGAGUAGUACCUUCCCAGAAGCAGUGGUCAAGUUUGAGGAUCUGGGAAAGAUUAUUUUGGACAAGACAGUGCAGCCAGUUGGAUAUGGACCCCAUGACGAGAACUUGGAAGUGAAGGUGGACUUUUCCUUCUUCUACGAGCAGGGCACUCUCACUAAGAAGAAUGAACUCAGUGAAGAUGUGCUGCAGUCUCUCCUUGACAAUGACUCACCCGCACUUCAACACCCGGCUAUUAAACUAUUCCUCCUCAAGAAAUUCAACGGAUUCCCAAAAUGGUACGCACGAUGUCAGUCAAAUCUCUAUCUCUUCCUGGCACUCACUUUCCUAACUUCGACCAUUAUUCACGUGGCCAACAACAAUCAAAACCAACAAAAUACUACAGAAAAAGUACUCGGAAAGAGUUGCGGAAUUGCCGCUUUUGUUCUCACCAUUCUAUGCAUACUAUUCGAACUUCUCCGAUUGGAUGAAAAAGGAUUCAAAUAUUUCACACUCGCUUCUUCUUGGUUCAGACUCGUAACGUAUAUAGCCUCAGUAGUCGCUAUUGUUUUCAACCUCUUCGUCAAAAUUGAUGAAGAUUCUGAGCUCUUCGACUCCUUGAUGCGCGUCACACAAUGUUUCGUGGUGCUGGGUCUCUUUUUCAACUUGCUUCUAACCCUAAGAAGGUCGGCAAUAUAUGGCAUUUACGUGUCUAUAUUCUGCAAUGUGUUGGAGAAUGUGUGCAAGCUGUUGGUGCCUAUUGGUCUGAUGAUUCUGGCCUUUUCAGCUUCGUUCUACUGCGUCUACCAGAACAGUGGACAGUAUAGUGGCAUGGGUAAUACAGGUUUCAAGGUGAUCUCGAUGAUGAUGGGGAGUGUUGAACCGGAGGAGGUAGUGGAGACGAUCUCGUCCAACUGGCCCCUCUUUCUAGCCCAGACCACCCUUUUCAUCCUCUUCCUCAUUCUCAUGGCCAUCAUCACCACAAACCUACUCAUAGGAAUUGCAAUCAGCGACGUCAACGCUGAGAUCCCAUUGGCCAAACAGACCCACCUAUCACAGCUCACAGACCACAUUGUCCAAUCAGAGAACGUCGCCAGGGCAGUUCCAGGUCUGAGCCGAUUCUGUUUUAAGGACAAGCAGUGCUCUAUCUCCAUCAACCAGUACGAAUCAUCGCGAGGCAUUUUCGGAAAAAUAGCAAAAUGCUUCGCGCCCAAAUCUGCUCCUCAGUUUGAACAGGAACUGAUAGAGGAACUCAAGAUAAUCGUAGAUGAAAUUUAUGUCCAGAGCACGAGCGACUAAUUUACAAAAAAAAACACAAUUUUUCAUGUUUUGGUGUAAUUCAUCUUACUAUCUAUAAUAAUUUUCAAAAUGUCUGUCAUGCUUAG